CAAAGUAGUACUACUGCUAGAUAGCAAAGCAAAAGCGAGCUACCGCCACCUGGGGCCCCCCACCACAUCCACCGCCGGCGAUGAAGCCCCUCGCGCACUCCCUCCACGCGGCCGUCGACCGCCGUUGGCUACUCCCUCUGGCCAUCGGCUCCGCGCUCUCGCUCCUCCUCCUCGUCGCGCUCACCACCUUCCCCUCGCCCUUCCCCUCCACCUCCACGCCCUCCUCCUCCUCGUCGCUCUUCGUGGAGCACAAGCUCGCCCCCACCCCGCCGUCCCCCGCCGCCGGCUCACCGCCCCGCAUCGCCUUCCUCAUCUCCGGAUCCGCGGGGGACGCCUCCGCGCUCCGCCGCGUCCUCCUCGCGCUCUACCACCCCAGGAACCGCUACAUCUUGCACCUCGAUGCCGAGGCGCCCGACUCCGACCGCACCAGCCUCGCCGCCGACCUCGCCUCCCACCCCGCCAUCGCCGCCGCCGCCAACGUCCGCGUCGUCGACCGUGCUAACCUCGUCACGUACCGUGGACCCACCAUGGUCGCCAACACGCUCCACGCCGCCGCCGCCUUCUUGUGGGGUCACGCCGGCGACGGCGGCUCACAAUGGGAUUGGUUCAUCAACCUCUCCGCCUCCGAUUACCCGCUCGUCACGCAGGAUGAUCUGAUACAUGUAUUCUCCAAGCUGCCGCGUGAUCUCAACUUCAUCGACCACACCAGCGACAUUGGAUGGAAGGAGUUCCAGAGGGCGAAGCCGGUCAUCAUUGAUCCAGGGCUCUACAUGAAGAAGAAGGCCGACGUGUUCUGGAUACCGCAGAGGCGGAGCGUCCCUACAGCAUUCAAGCUAUUCACUGGUUCUGCUUGGAUGGCACUGUCGAGGCCCUUUGUCGAAUACUGCAUAUGGGGCUGGGAUAACCUACCUCGCACAGUGCUCAUGUACUAUUCCAAUUUCAUCUCCUCGCCUGAAGGAUACUUCCACACUGUGGUCUGCAACGCCGAUGAAUUCAAGAACACGACCGUGAACCAUGACCUGCAUUACAUCUCAUGGGACAACCCUCCAAAACAGCACCCGCACUACCUGACGGUUGAAGACUUGGACCGCAUGGUUGCCAGUGACGCGCCAUUUGCUCGGAAGUUCCACGAGGAUGAUCUGGUGCUGGACAAGAUAGAUGAGGAGAUCCUGGGUCGUGGCGUGGACAUGCCGACUCCUGGAGGCUGGUGUGCUGGAACGCGGGAGAACGGGAGCGACCCUUGCACGAUGAUUGGAAACACCAGCCUCCUCCAGCCUGGCCGUGGAGCUGUGCGACUGCAGCGGCUGAUCACGUUGUUGCUGUCGGAGGAGAAGUUCCACCCAAGGCAGUGCAAGUAGGUGGAUGCCUGACUCAGCUAUAUAUGAUAUGAUACACAUGCAUGAACUGCUGCUGCUGUUAGCGACACAUACAUAGGUCCGCUUUGACUUGUAGUUGGUCGCUGUUUUGCCAGGCAGCUAGGUGCCUGCCAUUUAACCUGUGCUACAUUGCUGUUGUACUACCACACUAGUGUCUGUAGAGCCCUGUUGUAUCCACAUUACAUGUGAGACUCCAUAUGUACUUUGUCGUCCAAGGUCUAAACCUGGACACCCUGUGAUCUAUAUAUUUUAGCUUAGUUUUAGCUGCCCAUGUUGUGAAGGAUAGGGAAGCUUGAUAUGAAAAUCCACUUAUUUGUUCAGUGUUCUGGUAGCAACUGGUAGCCUGAAGUAUCAGAUCGAGUGUCAGGUUUGAACUCUGAAUGACAAUUGGUUGGAGAAUGGUCCUUGUAUGUGCAGGCAUCAGAAUAUCUGAUGAUGAACAUUUGGAAUUGAAGCUUGCCAUGGACGAAUUGAACCUUGCCCUCGCUUGACUUGACAGUUCGCUGCUUAUCUAGUUACUACUCCCUCUCUGUUAUAUAUUGUAACCUCUGUUCUAAAUUGUAAGUCAGUUCCAGCUUU